AUGGACUUCAAUGGGCCACUAGGACGGCUGAGAGUUAUCAACCUGCACCUCGACCCUGACCUCCACGCCCCUGCCAAGAAGCGUAUCAGCAGCAGUAUUGCCAGACGUCUGCUGGGACCUGCCUACUGCGCGUGCUUUAUUGCCGGUGAUUUCACGUAUCGGGGCAAUGGCGAG